AUGGUUGUUUGGGACAAUUGUAAGGGUACUGAAUCACCAGCUACUUUUGUGCAUGUUGAAGAAUUAUCUGAUCCUGAUAAAGCUUAUAAAAUAUUUUUAAAAAAUCACACUUGUUAUGAUCUAAUUCCAUUGAGUGCCAAAUUAGUCGUAUUCGAUGUGACAUUGAAUGUAAAGAAAGCAUUUUUCGCUUUAGUUUACAAUGGUGUACGUGUAGCUAUAUUAUGGGAUUCCACUGAACAGAAACAUAUUGGCAUGUUGACUAUUACGGAUUUCAUACGCAUAUUACAUCGGUACUAUCGUUCACCAGAUCAACCAAUGACUGAGUUAGAAAAGCAUCAAAUUAAAACAUGGAGAGAACAAUUAACAGAAUAUCAGCGUUCAUUAAUUUCAUCACACCUGAAAAAAUUUGAUUUUAAAGAGAAAUUCCAAGGGGUUGCAACUUGUCAAUUAGAUGAUACUUUAGAAGUGAUUGUGAAUAGAAUUGUCGACGCUGGUGUACAUCGUUUAGUAGUUGUUAAUGAUAACAAAGUAUUAGGUAUUGUUUCCCUAUCAGAUAUUCUACGUUUUUUAAUUUCUGAACCAACUGUACAAAAGAUCAUUUCAAAUGAAUUAAUAUAA